AAACUCCCCCCAAUUAUCCUCUGUGUUUUUUUCCCAUUUCUUCAACUCCGAAUUCCAUGACGGAAUUCGCUCAAUUAGGGCUUUUCUUUUCAGUACAGUAAGUUCAUAUCGCUCAUCGUACUGAUGAAUCAGGUCACCUUUUCUUUCUCUACUUGCAUUAUUGUUGGUAUCAUCACUCUUGUAUGAUUUAAUUUCAGGGUUUUGUCAAUGGAGCUGUGUUUAAUGCCCCCAUUUUAGUCGUUUUUCUAUGUGGGUUUUUUCUAUAAUUCGCAUUUUCUUGUUUUUAUAUGCUAAUUUUCUGCAGUGUAUGCUUGCGAUUCUUGAAAUCGUUGAUGUUGUGUUUAUGAUCUUGUAGAAUUUCACUUGGGGUUUUGGUAAUGGAGUUGUGUUUGAUGCUUUAAUGGGCAUUUGAAGAUGUUUUUCUAUGUGGGUGGGUGGGUGUCUCUUAGUGGGAAUUUUAGUCUUGAUUAUUUGCAUAAUCAAGUUCAGAAGUUGGAAGUUUGUUCUACAAGUAUGUGAAUAUGAGGUUUCGAAAGGGUAUUGCGGAAUACAUUGGAAAUAGGUGCACAGAAACCCGACCCACCCGAUGCCUAAUUGAGUUGUGAGAUCUUUGAAGGGAAGGUCUUGUGUUGGAAUUGGGUUAGAGUUAUUAGAACCAACACAACUCGAUGAACUCGAUAACUAUCUUCUAUGUUAUAUGCAUCUUCUUGUAGACAUGUCGUUAGUGUUGCCUUUGCUCUGGAUGACCGUGGCAAACAACUGGUCGAAGAAGAAUCAUUAUAUCAUUCUUUGGAGGAAGAAGCAAUUGUUGACUGUCUGCUUGUCGAACCACGGUCUGAUCAAGUUUCAGUAAGUGGUGUAUGGUGUUUCGAUGAAGAUAAUCACGGGAAAUGCAUAAAAACUGAAGAUGCUCCCUACAAAUUAGGUGUCCCGGAUUCAAACUUAAACGCGGAAUGUGUAGAUACGACAAAGCUUAACGCACUUGAUGUUUUGCAACAUGAAGUUGGAGUCGAAAAUCUUUUAGCGGCCAAUGGUGUUUCCGCUUGCGAUGAUUAUCUCUUAGAUAUUGGAUAUGUUGAGCAUGGAUCCUGUAUAGACUAUGGUUCCAAUGAAGGUUUGCAUGUCGGGAAUUGUAGUUCUGAAAGUCGGUUUCCGAUGUUUCACGACAAGGGUAGUUACGGAAUACGAAGUUCAUUGACGGAAAACAUUCGAGGAUCCAAAUGCGACAAUUACUUCAUCGGCAAGACAAUGUGUGACAUGCACCAUAGCUAUAACUGCAACUGCAUUUUUGGAUCAUCAUCUGAAUCGAAAACUGUAGAUAGGUUCGGAGACUUCUCAAAAUCUUUCAUAUAUGAAGAAAAUAAGGAAGAUAAUCCACCACCUCGUUUUGCACAAAACCGAAUGGAAGUAAGCACUAUUUGUCGAGAUGUACCUGAUCAAGAUCAUCAUGGUGGCGUUGGUUCGGUCACGCACAAAAGAUCGCGUAAGCCUACAAAGAGAUACAUUGAUGAGUCGUCAAAUCUAGAUCUAAGGAACUGUAAGAAGAGAAGAGAGGCUUCUUCAGUGUCGAAAGUUAAAAUAUCGAAAAUUCGACGUCCCAAGAUUCAAAACGAGGUGGAGCCUAAAGAAAAGUUGCCGACUUCUGGAAUCUCGUUCGGGAAAGCUAUUCAAGUACCGUUUAUUUCUCAAGGGCCAACGGAAUGCCAGCAAAACAAUUCACCACCUAUGAUCGAGAAUAGGAUGGAGAGUUAUUCGAGUGAUGAUUCAGAGACGAUGAUGAAAUCCGAAUCGGGUGGCAAUCCACGGAAGCAUCAUCGGCUUUGGAGUGUUUCGGAAGUAAAGAAGUUGAUUGAUGGUGUUGCUCAUUUUGGGGUAGGGAAAUGGACUCAUAUAAAAAAGUUGCUUUUUUCGACAUCGGUUCACCGAACGCCUGUAGAUUUGAAGGACAAAUGGCGAAAUCUUUUGAAAGCAAGUCGUGCACUAAAUGGAAGCAGCAGGAUUGAGGACGAGCAAAAACGGAGCCAGCCAUGGCGGCCAUUACCAAAGUCGAUCUUGUGUCGUGUGAGGGAACUGGCGACGGUUUAUCCAUACCCUCGAGAAGGCAACUCAAAGAUUUCGAAAUCGAAAUUUCCGCUUGCACGACAUGUCUCGUCUCCUGCGAGAAUCAAAGGUAACAAUAAUCAGGUUCCUGUUGUUUGAAAUGGAGGGAGGGGAAGGUUGGUUUGUGUAUAGAAAAGAAUAUGUAAACCCAUCUUAUGGAGGGAAAUUUGAACACUUUGCUGAGACUUCUUCUACCUUAAAUCAGAAAAUAUCAUAUCUUCUACCCUCUCA